AAAGGGCAAAGACAGUGAGGCCAGGUUGCCGCGUUGGCCACACUGCCCACUUCUGGGAAGCAAAUGAACGAAAAAUUGCAUAACAUUAUUAACAUUCACAUUUCACACUAGCCUUUUCCAAAAUCCAUGCUUUUCACGCUUUUCAAAAUUUUGCCAACUCAUUUCUAGAAGCAAUUUCACAUAUCCCACAGAAGCUAUAGCCGCAAUAGCUGUUGCCGCCUUCUUUUGGACUAUAAGGACAAGGGGGUUGUUUACCGAAGUUAUCUUCGCUGUUGACGGAGGUGUAAAAUUGUAUGCUAUUCUUCAUUUUGGGUAUUUGGUGUAAUGAAAUUAGGGGGUGAUCCAAACGAGUGCUACAUCUUGUACUAAAAAUCUCAGCUUUGAUAGUUUUGAUUAUUGGUUGAACAUUGCUGUUUCUUGUUUAUGCAUUUGGUUGAGAAGAGUUCAAGUUUGUGUAUUUGCAUUUGAUUAAUAGAUUGAGUAGUUGGAAUAUUGCUAAAAGUUUGAAAGUUAAUAGAAAAUAAGAUGGUUGGAUCUGAGGAAGGAUUAACAAGUCAUGUUUACUCGAAUGGGCUACAAAGUACUAAUGGUUCUGUGGAGGAGAAGGUUGAUGAGCUCCGUCGACUUUUUGGAAAAGCAGAUGGUGAUCCAUUGAGAAUAGUAGGUGUUGGAGCAGGAGCAUGGGGUAGUGUUUUUGUAGCAAUGUUGCAGGACGCAUAUGGUAAUCUUCGGGAGAAAGUGCAGAUUAGAAUAUGGAGGAGAGCUGGACGAGACGUUGAUAAAGCAACUGCUGAGCAUUUAUUUGAGGUCAUUAAUUCAAGGGAAGAUGUGUUAAGGAGGCUAAUAAGACGGUGUGCAUACUUGAAAUAUGUUGAGGCAAGAUUAGGGGAUAGGACACUACAUGCCGAUGAGAUUUUGAAAGAUGGCUUUUGUUUGAAUAUGAUUGACACGCCACUUUGCCCUUUAAAGGUUGUCACUAAUUUGCAGGAGGCCGUGUGGGAUGCUGAUAUUGUCAUCAAUGGCUUACCAUCAACAGAAACAAGGGAAGUAUUUCAAGAAAUUAGUCGGUAUUGGAAGGAACGAAUUACUGCUCCAGUCAUUGUAUCCUUGGCAAAGGGCAUAGAGGCUGAACUAGGGCCUGAACCCCGCAUUGUUACCCCAACACAGAUGAUUAACAGAGCAAGUAAGAGGUUUCUUAUCGUAUACUGUUUUGAGUUAUUUUUUUCAGACUUAACUUCAUUGUUGUGAACUUUACUGCAGCUG